AUGCGCGUCUCCAACAUUUUCCAGCUUAUCGCGAUGGUCGCAACCGUCGGACUCGUCUACGGAGCCCCAGCUGCGGACCACAGCUCGACUGGCACCACCUCGCUCGCCGAGCUCGAGCCCGAGUUCCUCUUCAAGGCCAGCUCGCACCCGGCGAUGCCGACCAUGCUCCCGCCCACCAACAACACGCUGGAGUCGCCCGACAACAUGGUUCCGGAGGACGGCCAUCUGACUUGCGAGACGUCUCACGCGUCGCCGACGUACUUCGAGAUCGGCCAAGCGAUUGCGCGUGUGUCCAACUCGGCGGCCGCCAAGUGCGUGCAGAAGAACUCCGCGGGGUCUAAGUGCUCGACGCUCGGCAAGUACAAGGGAGGCCAGGUCGGCAUCUGCGGCAUGCACUUGCUCGACAUGAGCUGCAAGUGGAUCCACUGGGCGGCCUGGAAGAUCCGCUUCGAGUGCGGUAACGACCAGAUUGGACGUGCUGGCGGCAAGUUUGAGUUUCCUGGCGGAAUGACGGCGCUCACGGUAAUCGUUUAUUAG